AUGGCUUUCACAGACGUUGUCAAGAUCCUAUUCGUACCUGCUCUUAUCGCUGGCGCUCUCUACGGCAUCAUUUCCUUCAUCAUACUUCCGUUAAUACGCAACUACCGCGAACGAUACGCCCAGUACCUGCCGCUGGACACGGUGAAUCGACACACAGAAGGAUUGCGGGAUCGCAUCAGCGAUUUGGUGAUGCGUAUGGUGGUGCCCCGAAGACAAACAGUGUGGGACGCAACAGGCAGUCGGCGAGGCAGCAGAAGUGGCAGUGGAGACGACCUGGUCUUCAGUGAUGGCGAGGGCGAAAGAAUGGCGGGUUUUGACGCGGAGCGCAUAGAUCGCACAAUUCGAGGCGGAGACGUAUCAGUGUCGCGAUGA